UAAUGUCCCAGUGUAACGAGUAUGGAACUCAGGUGAGAAAAGGCCUAGUGAGAUAUCCACAGGCGCCUGAUAUGUCCGAGUCACCGAAGGUGGUACGUCAGUGCUUCAACAGAUACCAGAGUGUUGGGAGUCGUCAUAUUUUGAAUAUUCCGCCUCCCGAUCGUAGUAAACUUCAGCCCAAAGUGGACUGUUGGAGAAGGAAACCGAAAAUUUGUGGCGAAGACAAUGAGGUUCCGGUUCCAGAUGAAAUAUCCCCAACAAUUACUCAGCAGAAUUUCCUUACUGCACUAACACGGCAUCAUGAGAAAGGAUUUCAGUUGAGGGACCACCAUGUGAGAUGUGCGCAGGCGUCUGGUGUCAAUCCCCAGUCAUCAACGACAGUAAAUCGGGGCCCCAGAAGCAGCCAGCGUUCUGAGAUCCGUCCAAUUUUGUGCUUUCCUAUUCCCGAUUACAGCAAAAUUCCCUCCAGAGUGGACUGUUGGAGAAGGAAACCGAAAAAUUGUGGCGAAGACAAUGAGGUUCCGGUUCCAGAUGAUGGAGUAACAACAAGGAAUGAGCAAGACCGCUCUCCUACUCUAAUGUCCCAUUCUAACGAGGAAGAAAUUGUUCCUUCAGUUAUUACUGUAUCGCCACUCCUUACCAUGGGUGUACCACCGAAACCAAUGUCUCGAGACGACGAGGCAAACCAGAAUUCCGACUAUGCUAGCAGUGAGUCGGUGGUUAGCAUGUCGACGGAAGCACAAGAAAUCGGCGGCAAUGACAAGGAGUUAGAGGCCUCAAAAGAACAAGACCAAAGGCAGGAGCAGACAAACAACAAGGAGUGUGAGAAGAGGUUUCGUCACACGAUACGUCUAACUUUCAAGAGAGUUGUACUGGUCUAACUACAAGGACCUACAUCUUUGCUCAUAUUACAUUAUGCCUCUACAUCAAAUUAUUUUGCAAGUCAAGGCAAGGAAAUCCCUGAGGAUGUUUCCAAGAGAUUACUUGUUGCUGAGCAAAUGGAGGAGGAUAUAAGUGCUGCAAUACAUGCUAGUGUGUUCUCAGUAACCUUUGUCAGCGGUCAUUGUUAAAACAGCUGCUUUUGAUAUAAACCUUGCUGCAAGCAGGACAUGCCUGACACCACUGUCACACCUGUCCUUCUGAGAUGCUGGCAAAGACUGAUGGUCUGUAACUCUGCUUGAGACUAUGACGACGAAGGUGGAUCUCUGAAUUCAGCGGAAUGGUAUGCCACAGUUGCCAUUAUGAAUAGCGUUGACAUUGACUGGAUCAGGUCUACAGGCUGAUCACCACCAACAAACAGUAGAUGAAACUAUGAAAAUUACCACAAGAAUCUUUAUUGUUUGGUGGUGUAGGCGAGAAAAUUGUUCGAUUAGUGAAGCAGCCAGUCAGAGGAGCUCAAAGAGGUAGAUGAAGGUACUGCCACAUCAGUAGGUCAGUCAGGAAGUAAUACUCUGAUCAGCCAUAUGACAACAUUAUACUGUCAUACUGACUCUUGAAAAUCAGAAGAAAACAGUCAAUCAUGGCAAGAAUAUCUGUGGGAGCCAUUUGUGAAAGCAUGGUUAUAUAUUAGAUUACUUGGGAAAAGUAGUAUUUGCAACAAGCUUUCUAACUCAGCAGCAUAAAAACUCAUGGUAUUGCAAAUAACAUGCAUAUGUUUCAAAACUGCUUGAUAACUUGAAUUAAGAUGAUCCAGUUUGUGUUGACAGGUUUGGACUAGUAUUGAAAGCAAGUGUUGGUAUUAUGUAGCAGUAGUACUAAGAAUUUGACUGUGUUUUGGAUUCACAUUCCUUUGGCAGAAUGUCUUGUUAUGAAUUAUUAUUAUUGUUGUCGUUAUUAUUAUUAUUAUUAUUAUUAUUAUGCAGUUUGAGGAAAUAAUGUUCAUUACUUCUGUUGACGUCGUUUCUCAUUCUGUCAAAAUGGUAAAAAUAUGAAUAUCUUGAAACUUUAGAAGGUUCGUUUGCUGCACAUCAUUUAUAACAUUUUGUGGAUUGUUCUUUGGUAUGUGUUGUUGAAGCGAGAUAGUUGUGCCAUCUACAUUUUGGAUUUAUAUUACUGAAUAAAAAUAUAUAAAAUAAAUACCAUCUUCAUUCAGUUUUAAACAGGGUUCACCUAUCUUAACAGGCAAGUGUAAUCCAGUGUUUAAAGGUAAAUCACGAACAAGCUAAUAGUAAUAAAUUGUCUUGUGGAACAAAGUGUGCGUGUGUGUUAUAACAGGAGUUCCCACUUCCCUUCCUGAACGAGACCCUGCCAAACGAUCUGAGAGCUGAAUCUUAGCUCUACCGGAGAACUAGCUACCUCGGAAAGACCAAGUCAUAGGUGGGUGAACAAUAUUAAAAUGGAUCUUAGAGGAUGGGAUGGU